AGAAGAAUUCUGACGCUCAUCUUCACCGUAGCUUCCGUAGGGCCAUUAUACCACGUUUUAUUAGUCACUGGCUUAGCAUUUUCAAUCUUUUUGCCUGUAAUGUGAUAUUUUUCACAAGACCUUCAUCACAUUAAGCGCAGCGGCAUUCGUACAUUUCAUGACAGCUUGCUGAACCAGCUGAAUAGCGACAGUCAUGGAGGAGGAGACGCCAGAGGAGCUGCUGAUGAAGCGGCACCGUAAAGAGAAGAAAGACCUGCAGGCAAAGAUCCAGGGUAUGAAAAACUCCGUCCCUAAAAAUGACAAGAAGAGGAGAAAACAGCUGACGGAGGAAAUAGCAAAGUUAGAAUCGGAUCUCAGUCAGAAGCAUGAGGAGGAACUCAAGCAGCUGAAGUCUAAAGCUGAAACAAAGGUGGAGGAGGUGGUGAACUGUGUGGAGACCAUAAAGCUGGAAGGUGGAGAACAAGAAGAGACCAAACAACCACGAGUAACUAAAGCACAGAAGCGAAGGGACAAGAAGGCUGCACAGGAGAAGGAGAGAGAAAGCAGGAUAGCAGAGGCAGAGGUGCAGAACCUGCAGGGCGUGAGGCACCAGGAGGGUUUAAAGCUAGCUCAGAAUCUUGCCCAGCAACAGCUUCAGAUAAAGGAGAUUUCAUCUGAUGGACACUGCAUGUACCGUGCCAUUGAAGACCAGCUAGCACAGCGAUUAAAGUCUGGGCUAAAGAUGAGUGUGAAGGAGCUCCGAUCCCGCACUGCUGAACACAUGAGAAACCAUGCUGACGACUUUCUGCCUUUCCUCACUAACCCAAACACUGGGGACAUGUUCACAACUGACGAGUUUGAGAAAUACUGCAGCGAUGUGGAGCACACAGCAGCUUGGGGUGGCCAGCUGGAACUCCGAGCUUUGACUCAGGUGCUAAAUUUGCCAAUAGAAGUGAUCCAGGCCGACUCCCCAUCAAUCAGGAUUGGAGAGGAAUAUGAUGGUGAAGUCAUCACUCUUGUAUAUAUGCGUCAUGCCUAUGGUCUAGGAGAGCACUACAACAGUGUGGAGCGGUUAAAGGAUUCAACCGGUGCUGAAGACAACUGAGAGUACCACAUCUGUGACAGGAAUAAAUGUCUUUAUUUAAGAGAGAACGAAACAAACGCUUUAUGAACUGUACUUUGUUUAUUACAUGUGUAUACAGAGGUUGUACACCACCUCUGAGACCGUUAUGAAAACAGACAGCUGCUUUUUUUCCUGAAUGGAGAUUAUUUUCUUUCAGAGUUUAAAUGGAAACGAAAGGGUCACGAUAUCCAAAUCCAUUAUUUCAGUGAUACGAUACUGAAUCAUUGUGCUCUUAUAAAGUUGUUUUAUAUUAAACACUUUUGAGCCCCA